AUGGUCGGCCGCCAUGAGGUUCUAAACUUUAAUGGCGACGUAGAGGUUUCCGGAGAAAGGGCCAAAUGGGCCAAUAUCUACUGCUCUUCAGAGCUCGCAAAGAUUCUUUCCAUCCUCAUCGCUUCCAACAUCGCCCAAAGCUGCUCUCCAUUCAAACCAAACAAAUCCACCAAACAAACCCAUCAAUACACAGACCACCACUCUCCCAGCAUACAGUCAGCAAUCAGUGGGCCAAAGAUGCCCGUCGACAAGUCUGCCCCUCUCGGGCUGGGCGCCCUCGGCCAGCUCGACGCUGUGGCCAUCGUGGCUAACGUGGGCACGCCCAAGAAGUGGCGAAGUACCUUCCGGCGGUGCGGAAUUCGGCUGGGCGAUAUUAUAGGCGCCGUAGAUAGCUAG